AUGACUUUAACUAUGACUUCAUUGCAACAAAAAGGUGGAGUAAGAUGUGCCCAAAAGCUCGAUGAAGCUUUUAAAGGUUUGGUAAAAGAGAUGCAAACCAAUAAAGCUUCUAGUUUAUUAAGAAAAUUAAAUGUAUGCCAAACAUUUGACGCCACAAAUACACUCGAUAGACAAGCUUUUUUCAAUGGUUUGGGAAAUUAUUUUGCCGGCUUAGUGCAAAGCUAUAGUGCUUUUAUACCACAAUUUUGUUCAACUUUCACUAAAUUGGAUUUUAAACCCAGCGAAGCUUUAAUCAAAUAUUUUGCACAAGUAUUUUCAAAUGAAGAAGAAUUGAAAAUUAGAGAAGAGUUUGAGGAAUGGUGCUUGGAUUUCACUUAUCAAGGCCUGAAGUCAAUAUUUACAGAUGUAAAUGAACUAACAACAGGCACACGUCCUUGGUUUUAUCAAACUUGUCAGGAAUUUGGUUGGUUUUCCACCACAGCCACCACCACUACAAAUGAAGCGUUCACAAUAACAUCAUCUACAAAUACACAUUAUACUCCAGCAUUUGGUGGCCAGGUGCCUUUGUCUUAUUUCCAACAAUUGUGCCAGGAUGUUUUUAUGGAAAAUUUAGGUCAUGGCACUCAUUAUUCUCCUCUAACAUUACAACAAUUACAGGCCAGAGCUUUAGCGAUAAACAAACUUUUUGGUGGUUUUUCUAAUGUUUCCAAACGUGUUAUUUUUACUCACGGUCUAUUGGAUCCCUGGCGUGCAGCUGGCUUACAAAAUGACCAAAAUGUUUUACUUAUUAAAGACUAUAGUCAUGUUGAGGACAUGGGUUCAAUAAACCUCAAAGAUACGGUGGACAUGAAUGUGGCCAAACUGAAGGUGUCUGCUUUUAUAAAUAGAAUUUUAAGGCAUAAUUAG